AUUCUACGUCGACAAAGGAAUCUAUAACUACAUUAGAUGAAAUUUUCACAUCAAAUGAAAAAGGUUCAAAGUCUAAAAAAGAAAAGGAGACUAAUCCUGAAGAACAAUUUUUUAAGAAUUUUCGUUUACGUCGUAUAGUCAAAGAAAAUCACGGGCAUGACAUAAAUCAGCUGGCUUUUUUUUUCAAUUUAACAAAUUAUGAGGCGCCCGUAGGUUUAGAAUACAAAAAAGUUUUUAACAAACUUGGUCAUGUCGAACGUAAUAUAAAUGAUUCAAGUAACGUUUUGGCAAGCGCAAAUAUCUACGAUAAUGAGCACUGUGGUGAUCACCUGGAUAUUGUAUCCAAUUUUGCUAUUUGUGAAAAUAUUGAUCUAGCCUCAGGCGAACUAUUAACUUGUUGUUGGUUGCAUCGAGAUGAAGAUGCCUUGCUGGCUAUUGCUGGAAAUUCACGGGCUAUAUAUAUUAUUAGUCUUGCCUUAUCCAUUACUUUAAAAACCUUGUGGGGGCAUACUGAUGUCAUCACUGAUAUUCAAAAACACCCGAAAGAUGAUCAACAUAUAUUGUCUGCAGCAAAAGACGCAAGUGUGAGGUUAUGGCAUGUAGAUAAAGGCACGUGUUUGUACGUGUUUGAAACUAGAGCUUCAGUAAUU